GAUAAUUUGAUUCUUUUCAUUAUUUGAUUGUUUGAUUGUUUGAUUAUUUUGAGUGUUUACAUCGAGAGUCAAUUUCAGGGAAAAUGUGCCUGUCAAAGUAUCCCCGCCUUGUGAACUACAUCAUGAAGCUGCACGCCACUCAGCUGGAAAAGCCCAAGCGCAUGGGAGCGUGGUUUAGCGUCCUGGCUCCGCUCUUGUUCUUUCUCUUCCAUGGACUCCAGUGGCUGCUUGUGUUUGUCAUGGCGUUUGCCGAGCACGCGAUGCCAUUGUGGUGCACUGCCGGCCUGGCGAUCGACACCAAUGAGGCCCAUUCAUCCCCGCGCACCGUUACCGAAGUGCAGACCUACCGCAAUGGAGUGCACGUCGGCACUGAUCGCUACGACCCAGCGGAUGUUUCAGACGCGUGCGCGGCGCUCUUCAAGCUGAUCUUCUUCUCGUUGGUCCUUGUUUUGGCGGUCUUGUACGCGGUGUUUGGUGCGUUAGUGUACUUGCUCUCGGCUUUUACAUGGCCGCUUGCGCUUUUGCUGUUCUCCGACAGCAGCGAAACUGCCACCGAGCCUGCGAAAGACACCUCCGCGGAAUCGGCAUCCGUUGACGGCGCUGUCGUUGUUGCAGUUGCUUGA